AUGUCUCCAGAACGGGUUUGGAUUGCCCUCCUCCUUGUGUGUUGCUGCAGUUCAUGUCAUGCGAUCCAGUGGCUUGGUUUGACCAUAAAUGGCAGCUCGGUGGCUUGGAAUGAGAGUGAGCACUGCAAAGUGUUGGAGCGUCUCGUCCCUGACCAGACCCAUCUCUGCAAAAGGAACUUGGAGCUAAUGCAAAGUGUUGUAAAUGCUGCUAAACAGACCAAGCUGAUUUGCCAGUUAACCUUUUCCGACAUGCGUUGGAAUUGUUCAUCCAUAGAACACGCUCCAUAUUUCACCCCUGACUUGUCGAAAGGAACCCGAGAGUCUGCCUUUGUUAAUGCUUUGGCAUCUGCUGCUUUGAGUCACUCUAUUGCUCGUGCCUGCGCCUCAGGGGAGCUCCCAACGUGCUCCUGUGGCUCUAUACCAGCUGAAGUGUCUGGACCAAGCUUUCGUUGGGGCGGAUGUGGAGACAAUUUGCGCUAUGGCCUCCAGAUGGGCUCUGCCUUUGUUGAUGCACCCAUGAAAUCCAGCAAAUCCGGAACACAAGCUACCAAACUCAUGAACCUUCACAAUAAUGCAGUUGGAAGACAGGUGCUUGCGGAAUCUCUCGAAACAAAAUGCAAGUGUCAUGGGGUUUCUGGAUCCUGCUCUGUGAAGACUUGCUGGAAGGGACUUCAGGAUUUAUCCAGUGUAGCUAACGAACUUAAAUCAAAAUAUUUGGCUGCAACCAAAGUGAUUCACAGACAGAUGGGAAUUCGCAAGCAGUUGGUUCCUAGAGAGUUGGAUAUCAGGCCCGUCAGGGAGUCUGAACUGGUGUAUUUAAUCAGCUCCCCUGACUAUUGCACUAGAAACCCUAAGCUGGGGUCAUAUGGAACACAGGACAGGCUGUGUAACAAGACUUCAGUGGGCAGUGACAGUUGUAACUUGAUGUGCUGUGGCCGCGGGUACAACGCCUACACCGUAACAAUCGUGGAGCGAUGCCAGUGCAAAUACUACUGGUGUUGCUAUGUCACUUGCAAGAAAUGCGAGCGGACUGUAGAACGUUAUGUCUGCAAGUAAUGCCAUUGGGAGUUUCACAGUUUAUGCUCCGAUAUCCCCAAACAGACACCGAAAAUAAAACUUUUCUAAGAAACUUUAAAAGUUGGGGACUGAGACUAAAAUGUUCCCUUGAUGGUGUACAUGGGGCACCACAGUGCAGCUGGUCUGAUCCUGCCCCCUUUGAAGACAACACUUCACGUACAGUACACAGAACGCGGAACAGGUGUACAUGGAAUAAAUAGAGGAUAGCCGGCUCUCCUCCAUGCUGUGAUGUGGUCAAGCAAUGCUCUGCCGGAAGGAGUUAGUGGUCACUUGAGUCAAAGAGUUUAUUUCAAUUGGGAAAAAAAACUGUUUUUUGCAUGAUAUGUUAAAAAAUGUACAUA